GGCUCGGGCUGUUUAUCUGAUGCGGGGGGGAGCUGGGGGUCGAGCAGAGCGGCAGGUCUGAAUCAGUGAAACGGAUAUCGACCCUCACACAGCCCACCUAGCUUGUCUGACUGAGGACCCCCGCGGCGCUACGGGCUGCACGAGCUCCAGAAGAGCAGAACCACCCGAGACCGAGCGGUUUAAUACGGUGUGUUAAAGUCCUGAGAGCUCUGAGGAGGGGGAGGAGAGAUGUGUCCGUGUGUUUCAGUCAGUGGACGAGGUGAAUGAAGCCCCCCGGAGCUGAACACAUCUGGAGAGAGACGCUGAGAGCGGCUGUGUGGAGUGAUGAGCGCUGAAGCUCGCCGCGCGAGGAGCUUCUCCAUCAUCGCGACGCCGAGCAACAUGGUGAGCAGCGCGCGCUGCGCCUCCAAGCCCAGCUGCUCCCCGGAAUACAGCCCGCGACACGCAGUGAGAAUCCAAGAUUAACAAAGGAACACAGAAGCCAAGAGGAACUAGCUGAACCAGCCAUCAGUGUGGAUGAGGAUGACUGCAGCUGCAGCCAGGAAGAAAAGUCUUUGUUUUUUAAUGAGGUUGAAACAGCGUACGGUUUUGUUUUUCUUUUUAUGAGCCAGGGGCUUUUUGCAAAGGAUGUUGAUUUGCACGGAUUGAAGUAUUUGUCUUCUUGCUCUUCUUUCCUCUUAUAAAGUGCAACCAAAACCAGUGCCAAACAUUAACUGUGCCAAGCAGAAGCAAAAAAGAAAAAAAUCAACUGUAAUUUUGAGAUCCUUUUUCAUCAUUUAAUCGUAAUUGUCAAAAAUAUUGAAUCAUUUUCAUUGCAUUUCACAUCUACCUUUUUUCUUUCUUUUUUAAAAAUAAGUGAUUAUUCUACCAGAACGGUGCAAAUUGUAGUGAAGACAAAAGUAUUUAAGUGGCCGAAGAUAUUUUCAGAUGUUUUUUUGUUAAAAAAAAAAAGUUGCUGCUCCAAGAAUUAGGGAGAAUAGUGCAUUACUGGUUCAAAGUGCUUUAUUUAAGGGUGUUAGCAGCGCAUUAGCCUGUGUGCUAGCACGCUCUCACACUGGGAGGAAUUGCCCUGGACUGAUUGAUCGAUGGAUGGUUGGGCUUGAUGGAUGGCUCGCACAAGCCUCAUUAACCUCCCCAAAGUGACCUGCUGCUAAUUUUAUCAUUUAGUCAACUGUCCCCCUCAAUAACAAGUCCUCAUCUGUGUCCGCUUCUUCAUAUGACCUCUGGGUCAUUCUAAGCGUGUGCUUUUUCACGAGAACUUUUUCUUGGGAGAACGUCCCUCUCAUUUUCUUCUCUGAUCUCUGCGCACUGUGCACAUUUAGAACGAAGCCCAUACGAGUCUUUUUUUGGCUCUGAAAAAAAAAGAAUUUCACUAAAGCCAUAGGCCCCAUAGCCAUGCUAAAGUCAAAAUCUUUUUUGUCAUUGCAGAAGCCAUAAUCUUCAUAGCCAUGCUAAUGCUAAGAUCCCUGUCAUCGCAGUUAAGAUUGUGUUCUGCAAAUAUGAUGAAUAUGAAGUUGCUUUAGAAGAAGCACAGGAUCGCAAGAAAAUAUUCAGGGUUCCUUUAGAGACCAGUGGUGGCACGGGUGCAUUAUUGCCAUAUUUACCAGCACGCAAUCUGUGGCUUUAAUCUGUUUACAAGUAAUCUGUUAAAUUUUCUGCUUUGUUUUCACGAUUGGAAGAAGCGAAAGUACUCCUCAGUACACAGAACAGAUUAAUUGAUUUGGCUGCGCGGGUCAAUACUGUGUCUGUUUGUUGCCCUCCACGUGUUCUAUAUUGACGAAUGAAUCCCACCUCGUUCAUGUCUGUUCAGAGGGCACAGUCGCGUUGUCCUGCCAGAGCUGGGCCUAAGCCCCCGUUCGUUUUAUUUUGUUGGGCCGAGUUGAACCCAGAACAGAGACAUUCACGGAAACGAGUCCAACACACCUAGACCCUUCAGCAGGCAACCCCUCGGCCUUCCCUCGCACCCAACCUCGCCAGGCCAUCUUCUGUGCCAUCCCUGACAUCCAUACAAGCAUGCACACAGUCCUCCUCUGACUUUUUGUGAAGUCAGGAACUAAUACAUGCUGCUUGGUACCUUUUACAAGUACCCUGACCGACUCGACUCUCCUCAAGCCUUUGUGAAGAGCUGUCGUCUUGUUGUAUCGCCUUUAGAAAAGAGAUCCGAUCUUCCUUCGUUUUGAAUUUCAGAAUUAUCAUUUUGCCGUCACUUCCUUUGAGGUUAUGUUCUUGCUGUACACUCCUACAAUUUCCUGUAGCCUCAAUAACUUACUAAACACAGAGGUUGUAUUUUUGUAUGCACAUAGACCGAGAAAUUAACCUGCUGUUGUGAUCAGUUGGACUGUGGAAUCAGACGCCCAAGAAUCUAGAGGCUAAAAAGCUCUUUUAUUUAUUUAUUUAUUUAUUGAAUUAUUUAUUUAUUGUUUUGUAAAUUUAAUUGACAAAUACGUCAGCCCACUCAGAUUUGUUUACAACGUAUCAUAUUUCAGAGCUGCCACAAAUCGUUUACAGUUCGAAGCUAAAAGAGCUAAAAACCAUACAGUAAGAGAUUUUUACUGAAGUUUAUAUCAUUUCUUUCAUUGAGAUCUUUUUAAGUUUGAGUAGUUGUGUAGAGCAACUAAAGUGCCAACUAGGAGCAAGAACCUAUCCAAAAAAUAGGAAUAAAGUAAAAGUAGACUUCGAGAUAUCAAGUUUACACUCGAAGAGAAAUGUUUACAUUUCCUACGUAAGGUGGACAGUUUGUCAGUGUAGUAGUUCAUUUAGAGAGGUUUAAAUAAAACAAACCAGAUUUAAAACGCAAGUUAACCUGUUACCUUGAUGUGCAUUAGUGAUGCUUUUAACGUUUACAGUGUUAGCAUGUUUCUUUAGUGUAUGAAAUUUGUCCUCAACAAAGCAUUCAGUUUGUUUAUCUUGAUCAUUCCCAGAUUUUUUACCGAACAUUCCAUCAAAGUUAUUUAUAAAUAUUUUAAUGCCAAAAUCUCUGUAUGUCUGUAAAGCAUGCCCAUACCCACACUAAGUUUCGCCAAGUGUAAAGCUGAACGCUGAGUGGAAACUGUUUAAAUGUAAACUUUGUGUGCAUUUCUUUUUUUCAUAGUAACAUGUUUACACCAUCAACCUGAAAUUGCAAAUUUAGAUGUGCAUUUUGCAUAUUGAAUACCUUGCAUACCAGUGUAUGCUCAUUUAAAUGGAAAAUAACUUCUUGCCUAUAUCGCAUACAUUGUCACAGUGACGCUUAACUUUUGAUAGACUUUUCCUCAGUAAAAGAAGUGAAGCAGUCUUUUGUAGGUCUGAGAACUCUUUUGUACAAAAGUGAACAUCGUUUUUCUUUAAUAACAAAAAAAGACGAGCCCCAGCAUCAAAAUGCCAUCUGCUGCCAUCAUGUUUUUUUUCCUCCUAUUGGACCACGUGGUUUCCACAGUGGCUAUUACCUCACAACAGCACUCAGCCAACAGUGGGCCACUGCUGCUUCUGUUGAAACGCCGGGGCAAGGAGACCCCGCCCCCUCCGCUGAAGGGACAAGAAAAGCAGGCAGCGGCCAUGGCGGUGGAACCCGAGGCGGCUGAGAUCCCCCCAUUGCCUCUUCCCCAGAUUAUGCUCCCACGCAAUGUGACAGCUGAUGCCCUGAAGCCCCCGCUGGGGGCAGCGCAAGUGGCACCUCCACCUCGUCGACUUGUGGACGUCGACGUGUGCCGGGGCUACUAUGACGUAAUGGGCCAGUUUGACAACACCUUUAACUGUACAAAGGGCACGUACAUCUACUGCUGUGGCACUUGCCACUACCGCUUCUGCUGUGAGCAUCAGCGCAACCGCUUGGACCAGGAUUCCUGCACCAAUUACAACUCACCUGUCUGGGCCAACACACAGGUGCCCGUCACCCAGGCUCCGAGCCGUUCAGACCCAGAUUUCGACCCGCUGCAGCAGCAGAAUAACAACACAGCUUAUGUCAUCGGAGGUGUCAUCUCUUUCACGCUGGCUGUAGCCAUUGGGGUCAAGGUUGCUUGUGCCAAGAUCUCCCGGAGACCCAGGAACCGAGACAUUAACAUGCCUAGAGCAUUGGUCGAUAUCCUGCGUCACCAGUCCAGUCCAGUCCAGCAGGGUGAGAGGAACAACAGCACCGUCCUGACCACCGCCACCACCAGUGAGCUCAACCUGGGACGGCAGUCCAAAAACCUCUAUACCCCCAUCCUCCAGAGCAAAGAUAACCGGAUUGGGAAACACAAUUUAAUCCAGCCUGGGUCCAGCCCCAAGCACACAGCUACUAUUGAGCGUGUGCCACGGAUGAAUAACACUCAGCUGGUCUCCACUGGAACUCUCCUCUCCAGCAAGACCAACAACACAGGCCCUCAUCCAACAUUCUCUCAUUCCUUUCACAACCUGGCCCAACUCCCUCCAUCAUAUGAGGCUGUUAUGAAACCUGAGAUUAACCGAUAUUCUUCCCUCAAGAGACUAGAGAAAGAUCUGGACGAUUACACAGGUUACUAUACCUCAAAGAGACGAAUCAACAACGCACCACCUUCUUUCCACUCCUCCCAACAUCACCUGCACUGGGGUGGUGACUACACUCUUGGGGCACGGGGAACGCUGCCGCUGCACACAUCCCGCACUCGAAUACAUGUACCUACUACUACCUCCACACCAAACCCUUACCCCCUGCCCCAGUCACCGUACAGCCCCACCUUCGAGACACUGACAAAGCCUCCGCGCCGGGUGAUGUCUCAAGACCAGCUUCUGGCCCUGGGAGAAGGAAACACGCUCUCUCACCUCUCCAAGAACCAGCAGCACCAGUACUACAAAGCCAUGACCACCAGCAAGAGUUCCAACUCCCAGGUGCUGCGGAAGUCCCAUGAACGCCUACUAGUGUCGCCCGAUCAUCUAGACGAGAGAAUGAUUGGGGUUGGGAUGGGUGACUAUGGGGGCAUGAUGUCCACGAUGUCUCAUCUCAGCCACCACAAGAAAGCGCAGUCACAGCAGAACGUGUGCGUGACUCCAUCGCUCGACCGCCACCACAUGAUCAAGAUGAACUCGCACCCAACCUCUGGCCGCGAACAGGAGCGCAGUACGGGUGCCAUGCCCACCGGCCACGGGGCUGGCGCUAUGGGCUGGGGGGAGGGGCACGGUUCGGGGGGCGGAGCCGGGGCGAUGGCCCACAACGCCCGCAGGAUGGCCUUUGCCACGAAGCGGCAGAACACCAUCGAACAGCUGCACUUCCUUCCCGGAGGAGGUGGGGGAGGGGGCGGCGGGGGAGCUGGCCAGGCGCUGCGGACUGGAAGCAAGAACGAAGUCACUGUGUGAAGAUGGAACGAGGGGGAAAGAUAAGAGUCAGAAAAGGGCUUGAUUGAUGGAAAGACAAGAUGCUGAGAUGCUAUGAUGCUCUUGCUCAUAUUGGAAGUGUGGGAAUAAUGGAAGCAAGUCAUAGAGUUUACAUGGAGAGAGGGGGAAAGAGAGGAAAGAGAAAAGCAAAGAGAAUAAGAGAAUAAAAUGAGCUGGAAAAGGUUUCAAGGGAACGAGCGGAUGUAGAGCGUGAAGCUCAUAGCAAGGGAACUUGGUGCAUUACUAGGACCUCAGAGAUAGAAAGCUGUGAGACAAUGUGAGUGCAGAUCCCUUAUUUGCUCCCUGCUGCUUGUUGCUAAGAAACAAGGCUAGGAUAAACCCUUGCGAGAUGAAGGUGUUUUUGAGAUGAACUAAAUGAACUAAGAAGGUUCCUGGUUCUUACUUAUGUGACUGUGUCUUAUGUAUAUUGUAUAUUAAGAUUCGCGAGCCGACACUGAGGAGAAUUUUUUAGAAGAUGUGAAGAUUUAAAGGUUGAAAGUCUUCUCUAAUGAGAACCUGAGUUGUAUUAAUGUAUUGGAGACUUGUUGGAUUGAGGUGGAGGCUUGUGUUCUCUCAGAGUUGUAUUUAGGCUCGAAAGAAAUGGAUUUUCCAGUUGUAAAAAGAAUUUAAGUCAUUUGAUGAGCACGCGUUGUCAUUAUGGAUUCCACUGUGACUAGUGGACGAUUAGUUUUGACACCAAAACAAGAAAUAAAAAAGAUUUUUCUAACAAUAAACAUUGCAUUAGAAUUACAUUAUAGGGAUUUGAACUUAAGAAAUUCAGAAAUAUUGUGAUGGUGUUCCAUCAGCUCUGAAGUGAGAUAGCUAAAGUUAGUGAGGCGACAUCGACAUCGACAUUGACAUUGAGAUUGUGAGUCAUCAGUUUUAUAACAUAACCUUUUAGAUUCCACAAAGCUCUGACAGCAUGUUUUGUAAUUGAACUUACAGUAGUAAGAACCUUGAGGUUGAGGUUGGACUUUCUUGGCUGGAUGGUAUUUUUAGAAGCCUGACAGCAGUGACAUGGAUUUGUCACAAUUUGUAGUUGACUUUUUUGCAGUAUUGUGGUUUUGGUCCUAGCUACGUCAUGUUACCUUUGAAAAGGUGCCUCUGAGAGAUAAAGGCCAUCUUUGAGUGACGUGCAAAUCAGGCACUUGUGGCAAUAUUUAGAACAUUGUGAAGGUUAGAGCAAGAUUAGGUCUAGAGGAAGGAACCAGUUAUUGACUAGAACCAUCCAGUAUCUGGUAGUGAUUAGUCAGUAGGCGUGAUGCCUUUUCAUGCAUGUCUGACCAGGCAAUGGACUGCUACAUAUGCUACGUUCUCCAGUCAGGGCGGAGUCCUUUUUUUUGGUCUGGGAGUGUCAAGAGUAGACGAAAUUAAUUAUGAGCAUGCAUUAUUAACAGAUCAAACUCUCACAGAAUUUAUAACUGCGGCUGUUCACUGUAUAAGGUCAGUGGGGAUUGGGGAACGGGGAAGGGCAUACAGUGGACACUUUAUUCCAAGGGCUAUUCUGAAACUUUUUCUGUAUGUCUGUGCUUCUGUGUUUGGUCGACAUUUUAAAAAAAAGAUCAUUAUCAUGUGUCAGUGUAAGAGACACAGCUAUUUAGAACACAAUAAUAUCCUAAAGAUUAUCACUAAAGAGUACGAGAAAUGACACAGAGGUUCCUCCAUAGCUAAUGAUGUAGUAUGCCAAGCUCAGCAUCUCCUAACACAUUAAGAUGUGUCCUUUUUUCAUGAAUGAGCAGUCUUUUGUAUAUUAUAUUAUUUAUGUAUUUAUUUUUCUUUUUUUUCUUGAAUGAUUUCUGCAGAUUUCUCUGCUGUAUACUCACUCACCAAAUGGACAGGCAGUGUGCCGGUGAGUGCCCGGGACUAGACUGAACUGAAAGUACAUCUGGUUUAAAUCAGUAGAAAAUAUAACGGCCAUAGUAUAGGCCUAUAAUCCUGAAAAUCAAAUUACAAAUAUUUAAACUCGUCUUUCUACUGAGAUAUUUCUCCAUAAAAAUAGAAAAAAAAAACAUUGAAAUAAUUUUCCCAGUGUUCAGAUGUGUAUACAUGACAAUUUCCAUGCACAUGUUGUUAUCAUUAUGAUUACCAUUCUUAUUUAAUUCCCAUCAUUAUUAUUCUACUUCUGUUUCUGUGAGAUCUGUUUCCUGUUUUGUUACUAUUGAAGUUUCUAGUGGAUCCUAACCUUUGUAAUUACUGACAAAAAAAGCAGAUGCAAUCAAAGUGAAAAGACAAAAAGCAUGAAGAUGUCAAAGCCAGUGUUGAUGAUGUCAUAUUGCUGACUUUUGAUGUCAAGGUGUGUAUGUGUCCUGUUUGUGUGUCUGUAUUUCUGUGCCUGUGUGUAGUUCAGUGUCUGUUUUUUGGAAUGCUGAAUCUCACAUUUCAUCUGACUUUUAUCUGAUUUGGGAAAAGUUAGAGAAUGUGCAUUUCAGAAAACCCAAGGAAAAUUAAAAGAAAAACCCAAAUAUUGCUUUAUUUUCUGUUAAUGUGAGUUUUUUUUUUAAGCACAAGCUUCCAUAAUAAUAAAUGUUGUCAUCAUUUACAAA